GAAAUAUUUUUCCUAUUAUACCCCCUUUCCAAUUUUUGGCAUAGUAACACAUUGUGGACCAACUCUGUGCCUUCUAUGAAGGCUCCCUGGUUCAGGUUUAUGAUUGUUGGCAGAACCUUCUUUAGCCUUCCACAAAUGAUCUUGGCUAUGAUUUUGUACAAGACUGUACAACAAGCUAUAGGUUUGAGAUCAUUAGGGCUGAUAGGGGACAACAGUGAUAUUGGUGGCAUUAAUUUGUUUUACUGUAUCAUCCAUAUGAAAGAAAUGCAGAAUGGCCUUAGUUAUCAGUGGUCCCACUUUUGUCCACUGAUUCUUGAAGAAUCCACUGCUAUACCCAUAUGGACCAUGACUUUUAUGAUUGGGGAGUCCCUUACCCAUAUUUCCAAUUUCAGUAUUAAGAUCCUCUGUCUCCUCACUAGUCCCCAGCUGUUUUUGGAAAUGCUCCAUAAGAAUUUUGACCACUUCAUCUUUUCCUUUCAUCUUAUGUCCGGAAGAAUUGAGGGCUCUGCCUUGGCUUGGUUUAAUUGGCGUAUGCGUGGUGGCUUAAUUGAUGGUUGGGAGGAUUUUGUUGAAAAGUUCAAGAUUCGAUUUGCUCCGUUACAUGCUUUGGAUUCUAUUUCUUUUGAGAAGACAUCAGAAAAGGCUAGAGACACAUUUGUCCACAUGAUGGAAGAUGACACCAUCCUCCCCGACCCGACUAUGGAGGACAUAGACGAGUCAAAAGAAUCAAGUGUCAGGUCUCAUAUCAAAGAGGGCGAUUAUAACGGGUCUAACAUCAUUGGUGAUGAUGGUGGUGCUCUUGAUGAAGAUUAUGAUGCCAAUAUUUUGAGUGACGAGCCAUUAAACAACUCAUAUUCUACACCUCGUGAAUUAUUUUUACCACUAAAUGCCUCAGUUGGGAUGGCGAUUGCAGGGUAUGAAUUUCUAGCAAAUCUCGAGAAGGUGGCAGAUGCAGAUAAGAAGCAAGUGGACAACCUCAUUUCUUUUGAUGACACCAUUAAAUUGCUUGACCUUGUCAAUGUGGUCAAGACGGAGCACCUGGUUUCCCCAAGAGCAACUACAUAUGUUAUGUGCCCCGUCUCUUUUUUCCACCACUUUGCUACAAGAGCCAAUCUGGUUGAAGAUUCAAAGAGUGGACUGCUCCUUUGGUUCAACAUCUUGUCUCCGAUCUUAAAGCACAAGUGGGAGCCUCCACCUUGAGGACAAGGUGGAUUUUAAGGAGGUGGGAAUGAUACAGAUAGUUAAUUAGAAU